CCCCUUUUCCCUGCCCACGUGGUCUCGGCCUCCUGCCCGUAGCAGUUCGCGACUGCAGGGCCCCUGUGCGGCAACCUUCUCCACUUGCAGGGGUGCGGAUCGCUCUCCCCCCUCGCGGCUUAGGCUGCGCGCCGGUGUCCGCUCCGAGAUUAUCGCGCGGCUGGGGGCAGACUGGACUGGGCUGGCGCGCAGCCGGCGCCACCCUCCACCCUCCCUACCAGUAGGCCGAUCCCCGUAGUAGCAUCCAGUAGGGAAAUGGUCGUGCUUUCCGUGCCCGCCGAAGUCACUGUGAUCCUGUUAGAUAUCGAAGGUACCACAACCCCGAUUGCUUUCGUGAAGGACAUUUUAUUUCCUUACAUCAAAGAAAAUGUUAAAGAGUAUCUGCAGACGCAUUGGGAAGAAGAGGAGUGCCAGCAGGAUGUCAAUCUUUUGAGGAAACAGGCUGAAGAGGACUCCCACCUGGAUGGGGCUGUUCCGAUCCCAGCAGGGUGUGGGAAUGGAGGGGAUGACUUGCAUCAGAUGAUCCAAGCUGUGGUGGAUAAUGUUUGCUGGCAGAUGUCUCUGGACCGAAAGACCACAGCACUGAAACAGCUGCAGGGCCACAUGUGGAGAGCGGCCUUCACGGCAGGGCGCAUGAAAGCAGAAUUCUUUGAAGAUGUAGUCCCAGCAGUCAGGAAAUGGAGAGAGGCUGGAAUGAAAGUAUAUAUCUAUUCCUCAGGGAGUGUAGAAGCACAGAAACUGUUAUUUGGACAUUCUACAGAGGGAGAUAUUCUGGAGCUUGUUGACGGUCACUUUGACACCAAGAUUGGACACAAAGUGGAGAGUGAUAGUUACCGAAAGAUUGCACACAGCAUUGGAUGCUCAACCAACAACAUCUUGUUUUUGACAGACGUUACUCUUGAGGCCAGUGCUGCUGAGGAAGCAGAUGUGCAUGUAGCUGUGGUGGUGCGACCGGGCAAUGCAGGAUUAACGGACGAUGAGAAGACGUACUACAGCCUCAUCACGUCCUUCAGUGACCUGAACCUGCCCUCCUCAGCUUAGAGGGGGUCUUCUGAGGAAGACUGAGUUGUCCUCACAGAGUUGACCCUCUAGUUCUUCCUAAUAGUGAAAGUUACUUACUUAAAAAUGAUAUAUGCACACAUAUGUAUGUGUACAUUCAGGUUACCUUUCACAGG